AAAGAUUUUACCUUUGUUCAAAGUCUCACACUUUCUUUCUUCCUUGGUGUUCCCUUUCCCUUUCUCUUUGUCUUAUCUUGAAUGUUUCUGCCUCUGCCUCCCAUUUGUUCCUUGUUUUCCAGUUCUCAUUCCAAAGAAUUUCUCUUGGCUUUCUUUAAUUUUCUUUCCCCUUGACUCCUGUCUUAUUCCUCUAGAGAUUUCUUUGCCGGACCAGUAAGGAUACAUACUAUAUAAUAAAACCAUUAUUUUAAGCUGCUUUAAUCGUGAGGUAUCAAAUUGCAGACAUAGAUGGGUGUAUAUCUCAGCACUCCCAAAACUGAAAAACUCACAGAAGAUGGUGAGAAUAGUAGGGUUAGAUAUGGUCUAGCGUCCAUGCAAGGAUGGCGUGCAACAAUGGAAGAUGCUCAUGCUGCAUAUCCUGAUCUCGAUGCUUCUACUUCGUUCUUUGGUGUAUAUGAUGGUCAUGGAGGCAAGGUGGUUGCCAAGUUCUGUGCCAAAUAUCUACAUCAGCAGGUUCUCAAGAAUGAAGUAUUUGCAGCUGGGGACAUAGGAACAUCAGUUCAGAGAGCAUUUUUAAGAAUGGAUGAGAUGAUGCGUGGACAAAGAGGAUGGAGAGAAUUAGCCAUUUUGGGUGAUAAAUUCAACAAGUUUACUGGCAUAAUAGGACUGAUAUGGUCUCCUAGGAGUGGUAAUGGUAAUGACCAAGUUGAUAAUUGGGCUUUUGAGGAGGGCCCUCACUCUGACUUUUCUGGACCAACAUCUGGAAGCACAGCCUGUGUUGCGGUUCUAAGAAACAACCAACUUGUUGUUGCCAAUGCUGGUGAUUCUCGUUGUGUAAUAUCUAGAAACUGUCUGGCAUACAAUCUCUCUAGAGACCACAAACCUGAUCUUGAGGUAGAGAAAGAAAGGAUUUUAAGAGCUGGUGGUUUUAUACAUGCAGGACGUAUCAAUGGCUGUUUGAAUCUUGCAAGAGCAAUAGGUAACGUUGAGUUCAAGCAGAAUAAGUUUUUACCUGCUGAAAAGCAAAUUGUAACUGCAAAUCCUGAUGUAAACACCGUUGAGCUAUGUGAUGAUGAUGACUUCCUUGUGCUGGCAUGUGAUGGAAUUUGGGAUUGCAUGUCAAGUCAGAAGCUUGUAGAUUUUAUCCACAAACAACUACGUUCCGAAAGACGGCUUUCUACUGUUUGUGAGAGGGUACUCGACAAGUGUUUAGCACCAUCAACAGCCACUGGUGAGGGCUGCGACAAUAUGACCAUGAUCCUGGUGCAGUUCAAGAAACCAAUCACGUCUGCCUCAUCUUCAGGAGCAAUCUUCCCAUUCCAAACCAGUUGACACUGAAUCGAAGCUAGAAGCUAGAAGCUAGAAGCU